AUGUUGUCGCUGUCCGAGAAGCUGCUUUGGUCACAGAAACCAUCACCGGAGCUUCUGCAGUUUGAUUCAGUCUUUAAUCCUUUCUCACGGAGAGAUUUGAGAAGGGGAGGGGGAGGUCUGGAAGAAAGAAGGCAGGGGAGGCCUUGUCACCGUCGAUCCACCGCCCAGGAACUCGCCGCCGCCACUGCGCAUUUCUGCUGCGGCCUAAUUGUGUCGCCGCCGACCGUGGAACUGCCGCCGAUUUGUCGCACGAGGAGCCGCCGUCCUUGCUCGUCGUUCCCCUCGGAGUCGUCACCGUCGAGGGCCAGCAGAGGGAGAGAGAGCGACCGCGAGCCAGGUUCACCACCGAGGAGAGGGGCUUGUGCCGUCGCCUCUGGAUCCGUCACCGCCACUGUUCUCUCCGCCAUUGCCGAGUCUGACCCUGCGCCUUGCCGUCGUCGUGUUGCUAUUAAGGGAGAAGGGAGCGCGAACGACAGCCAUGGACAGAGAAGAGAGCUCGCAUGCAGAGGAGGUGAAGUCGUCGCUAUCACCAUCGCGUGUGGAGUCACCGCCGUGCCCAACCGUCGUCGCCGCCGUUCCUCCACCGUCGCCGAAGGUCCAUCACCGCAACUGAAGCCUCUGCCUUCACAAGACGUGCGCCGCUGCUGUGAGUUUCUCCUGCCGUUUGGUUCUGAUUCGGUGGGAAUCCAUUGCGCCAGAUCUAUCCUAAACUAUCCCAAGUGGUUCACACUAAUUUUGUUCUUACCAGUGAGGAUCGCCGGAGCUGCGACUAUGCUGCUCCUGGUUCCUUGCUAUGCGGUAAGUUGUUUUUGCCUCAAAAACUCCUUUGAUACUGUUCUGUUAUAGAUUAGUGAGUUUUACGCGACGUUAAUGUUUUAGGGUUCAACUAUGCUCUUGUGUGCUGUGCUUAGAGACUGUGAUUGCUGGGAAAUGAUCGGAUUUGAUUAUGCCACUGUGAAAUCAGAGUUUUAAGGGUUUUGUCACGUAAUUAAGUUGCGAACAAGGUAGGGGUUUUUCUUAAAUUCUAUUUUAUAUUACAGAGUUGUUAUAAAUAGAUAUUAAAGUGAGAAACAUAAGUCUAUGAUUAUGAUUCUCCUAUAAAUGUGGCUGUUUGCUGGACUGAAUGACUGAUUGCUUAAUUGCUUGAGUAGUUUGUGAUUGCUGAAAAGAAAUUACUUUGAAAGGUUAUUUAGUUGAUUAUUAGGAAAAAAUGGCUUCCUUGGUUUUUAAGCUAUUUUUGAUAAUGUAAACAAAUCGGCUUUGGAAAUGAUUUGGAAUAUGAAACUGAAUUAAUUUUGGAAAUGGUUUAAUUUUGAGUUAGUCUGACUUUAUAAACGAUUUAGUAUUUGAGCUAGUUUGAUUUUAAAAAGAGAUUUAUUAUUGGCACUGAUUCGCUUUGAAAAUUAUUUGAUAUU